AUGGUUGAGGCAAGUGAACUAUCACUGACUACUUUUGGGUCCACUAAAGUUAGGUCACUGAAUAUUCACAGUCCUAAUACACAACAAAUGAAUUCUGGUAGUGAUAUAUCUAAAAUUACCAUUAAUUCUAAACCUUCAGACCCUUUUGGAACCACAAAAGCUAAAUCGUAUAGUUUCAAAGCUAACAGUGUACCGAUUUAUGUGUUAGAUACUUUAUCCCAAGCUCAUUAUAAGGAUCAAUUAAGUAAUAGUAAUGUUAAUACUAAUCAAACCGAUAUAAAUCCUUCAAUAAAAUCCGUUCAUACUAAUAAAAAUAAUGAUGAUGAUUACUUAAACUUUUCAAAUGAUCCUUUCAUCAAGUCCAUGGAUAACAAUUGGAAUAAGUUCCUCACCACCAUUAAGCAACCAGCUACGUAUACCAAAGACUUGAUCAAAUUCGAUGAAGCUACGAAAUUCGAUGAUGAUUUGGAUGGUUCAUGGGGUGGAGAAGAUAGAUUGAAAUCUGCAUUAUUAGGAUCACCUUCAAGUGAUGAUGAUACAUUCGUUAAUGAAAAAUCUCUAGGGAUUUUUUCCAUAUUCAAAUUUCAUAAAUCAAGACCCACAGUUAAAGGUAAUAAUGCCGAUGUUUCACCCAAAGUUCGAUCAAAAGCUGGUUAUUGGAUGUCAGAUGAAAAUCGAGCUGAUUUAUUACCAUCUUUAUACAGAAUUUUCGUCAUAAACCCAUUAGUACCAUUAUUAUUAAGAAUUGGGAUCUUGAUUUUUUGUUUAGGUGCUCUAGCAUUAGCAUGUUCAAUUUUUCAAUAUUCUAAUAACAGGUAUGAAGGUAUUAAAGUUGAUCAACAAGCAAGUACUAUAAUGGCCAUUGUGGUUCAAAGUUUUGCUAUAGUGUAUUUGGUUUACAUUGCAUAUGAUGAAUAUAGUGGUAAACCUUUAGGUUUAAGAGCACCUUUGGGUAAGAUGAGAUUAAUUAUGUUAGAUUUGUUAUUCAUAAUAUUUUCAUCAGCUAAUUUAUCUUUAACUUUCAAUACAUUAUAUGAUGAUGAAUGGUUUUGUGCUACCAAUGAUAGAGAUUCUAUUGAUUUUACACCUAAUGUUGGGUCAAUAUGUAGAAGACAACGUAGUUUAGCAGCAUUUUUAUUUUUAGUUCUUGGGCUUUGGGUUUUAACAUUUACCAUUAGUAUAAUUAGAGUCGUCGAUAGGGUUUCAGUAUCAGGGCAAAGAAACGAUUAG